UAAUCCAACUCUGUAAAUAAGGAGUCCAAAAAAUCAGUAACUCCACCUGCAAUUAUUUUAUUAAGAUUGUCGUCCACCGGAUUACCAAUUAAGUUAUCUCUCCCACUUCUUUCUUUUCUUUUCUUUAUACUUCUUUUACAUUUUCUUUUUGAACAAGAAACUUUCUGAUUUUCCCAUUGAGCAGUGAGACAGACAAACACCUUGGAAAUGAAAUGGAAAUUGUAAGUAAACUCAGUUGCUCAUUAGUCAAGACUUGGAUCACUAUUAUGCUUCUUUUAGCCUAGAGAUUUGUGUCUCUCUCUCUCUCCCCCCUCUCUCUCUGUUCUUGCUUUCUCCAAAGUCCAAACUAAAAUUUAAGGGGAAAAACAAAAACCAGGCUUUUUCUUUCUUUCUUUCUUUCUUUAACAAACCCUCACUCUUAACGGUAUCAAUUAAUCCAAGAAAUUAACCCUCUUUCUUCCUAAACCUUUUCUCUUUCUCCUUUUUACCAUCGAAACACCAGAGCCCAUAUCGCAAAAACCUAUAAAAUGGAUCGAAAACUUGUUUCUUCACCUGUUUUGUGGAAGCUUUCUGAUCUGCUAGUCAAUGAGUCUGUUCCAUUUCUUGGCUUAGAAGAUCAGCUUGAAAGCAUCGAAAGCAAGUUGAGAGAUAUUGUCAGUUCUGAAUAUUUUGAUUGCAAGAGAGAUGUUGCCUAUGACAUUGAAGAAGCUAUUGAUUUCUUGCUACAUAAAGCAGAAAAGGAAAGCCAAAGAGGUACCCCUUUCCGUUAUGUAUUUACUUUAUUUGACUCGAUUGAUCACAAUAAGCUUCGCAAGAAGUUGGAUCGAAUUCGGCUUGAAAUCUUUAGAGCUACUGAUAAAGUAAGUCGUAGAAAAGGGAUGGAGCCAUGGUCUAGUACUAGUUCUAAUUCCAGUUCAAGAAAGCAGCUUGAUGUUGGUGAAAGUAUUAUGAGUCCUGUUAUAAGGAAAGUUAUAACGUUGGCUAGUCAGGAACAGAUUAGUGCUUCUGUUAGAAGACAAGCUAGAUGGGUUAGAGAUGAAAUGAGGUUAUUGCAUGUUUAUGUUAAAGAUCUGGAAUCCAAAGAAUUGAGAGGUGAAGAAAUGGCUUGGAUGGAAGAGGUUUCGUUAUUUUCUCAAUCAGCUGAAGAUGUUAUUGGUUUGUUCUUGUCUGAAAGAGGAGAUUUGGGUAGUUGCAGAAAAGGGUCUUUCAAGAAUGUUGGUUUUGCUUCUUCCAUGUUCAAGUCACAGAGAAAGAUUCGUAAGGAGAUGGAUCAGAUGAAGAUUAAAGUUCAAGAAAUCAUUAAAAGGUUUGGUAAACUUCCUCAUCAAAUGUAUAUGAUGCCACCUCCUAGAUUCCCACCAAAUUUGCCGCCACCGCCUCCUAUUAGGUUUGCUCCUCCUAAUAUACCAGGAGAUGCAACUUCGAUGUCUUCUUUUGAUGAUGAUGACUUUGAUGAAUUUGAUGAAAUAGAUGAUGGGACACCUCCAUCUUCUGGUCAUGAUGAACAAAACCAACAAGCUGAUUUCAAUAGUUUUGAUAGCAAUGCUGGUGCAUCAUCAUCAUCAUCUUCUCGUAGGGCUGAAAUACCCGAUAUUACUGGUUUUGAUAGUACUGUGAAUGAUAUUAAGGAGUUGUUGCUUAGAGAUUAUACAAAUUGCCUUACAGUUUCCGUUAUAGGCAUGGAAGGCAUUGGUAAGACAAAGCUUGUUAAGUCAGUUUAUGAAAAUCCUGUCAUUAGAGAUCGUUUUCCUCACCGUGCUUGGGUUAAUUGGGUUCGUGACUCAAAUAUUAAUCGUCUCAUGGAACAAAUAGUGGGGGCUCAGUAUUUGAAUGUUAGAUUUCUGAAUGGGGAUUGGGAUGAUUAUUUGUGCAAGCUGAGGCGCUUGCUGAAUGAUUUCUUGAUGGAUAAGAGGUAUCUCAUUGUUAUUGAUGGGGUAACCUCAAAAGUCUUAUGGAAUCAACUUGGGGCUGCUUUUGAUGGCCUAUCAGGUGGGACUAGAAUAAUCUUCAUUGCUUCCAAAUUAGGAGUUACUCCUGAAAGCAGUGAGCGAAACUUUACAUACAGAUUGCAAUUAUGGAGUGAUGAUGAGAGUUGGGCAUUGUUUGUUCGUUCUCUGAAUGUGAAUAUUCCCUUAGAGCUGCUAGAAUUGAAAAAGAGGGAAAUCCUUAGAAUGACUGGGGGAUUGCCGAAGGCAAUUGUCAAACUUGCCGAACUUUUGGCCAGGGAAAAUACAUUUAGCGAGGACUGGUCAAGGGUGCUUGAGAAGUUCAACAAAGAUGAAGGACCUUGGUUUGGAACCUUGCAGGAGAUCAGUAAGAAUUUGCCAUUGUAUUUGAGGAGAUGUCUCUUCUAUUUUCGGUUGUUUCCUGAGCACUUUGAGGUCCCAAUGAGAAGAUUGAUUGGGUUGUGGGUAGCAGAGGGUUAUGGGCAUAAAAAAAAUGAUGAAGAGACUCCAGAGCAUGUUUCAGAGAAAUGCUUGAUAGAGUUAGUGAACAGGAACAUGAUUCAGGUGACAAAAAAGAAGAUGAAUGGAAAAAUUAAGACAUGUCGCCUACCUGAUGCUCUACGGGUUCACUGGCUGUUAAAAUCCAAGAAAGCUAAUUUUCUGCAACAUAAUGGCCACAUUGGUGACAGUUUGUCCACUAGCAGUGGUACGGUACACCGUCUAGCUGAUCAUCUUGACCACAGGCAUCCCAGCUUUGAUCAUAUUCAUGGAAACAAUGCUUCUCCCUCAUCUUUGUACUCUUGUUAUAGAGAAACUGUUUCUUUUCUAUCCUUUGAUACUCGAGAAGGAAGCAGACCUGGGGAAGAUGUUGGAAAUUUCAUUCAAAGAUGCAUCUCUAGCAAAUGUUUUAGCGCUCUGUGGGUGCUAGAUCUUGAGCAUGUAUACAAACCAAAAUUGCCCAAGGCAGUAGGCCAACUCACUCGAUUGAGGUACUUUGGCUUGAGGUCUACCUACCUAGAGAUGCUUCCAUUGUUCAUCAACAAGUUGCUAAAGCUUCAAACACUGGAUUUGAAGAACACUCACAUCAAUGCUCUCCCUAGUUCAAUUUGGAUGAUGCAGGACUUGCAACAUUUAUUCCUUGAUGAGGGUUCAUGCUGCAGAUUUGUGCCUCGACCAAAAGGAAGCUGCUUAGAGGAUAUCCAAACACUUUGGGGUGCAUUUGUAGACGAGGAUAGCCCAGUGAGAGAUGGUUUGGACACAUUUCUAAACAUCAAAAAAUUGGGUCUGACAUGCAAAAUAUCAGAGGCGUCUCAUAAUGAGAAAAUGUCCUCACAACUGGAUGCUGUUGCAAGUUGGGUUCUAAAGCUAGAUCAUCUUCAAUCUUUGAAGUUGAAAUCAUUUAAUGAAUUGGGUCAGCCUGCGGAUAUACACUUAGAGUCUUUGUCAGGUCACUUGGACCUCUCCAGCAUGCAUUUGGUUGGAAACCUAAAGAAUCCGAAUGUUGUUUCUGAGUUCCCACAAAACCUCAUGAUGCUCACUCUGUCAGCAUCUGGACUGGUGGAAGACCCAAUGCAGAUGUUGGCCCAACUUCCCAACCUGAUAAACUUGAGAUUGUUCUGUGGGUCAUUCACAGGACAGAAAAUGGUUUGCACUUCCAGAGCAUUUCCUAAGCUUCGAGUUCUCAAAUUGUGGGAGCUUGAUCCUCUAGAGGAAUGGAACAUAGAGGAAGGGGCAAUGCCUGGUCUUAAAUGUUUAGAGAUUAGAUCCUGUAGAAAUUUGGGGAUGCUUCCUGAUGGAUUGCAGCAUGUUAAGACUCUUUCCAAACUAAAAUUAACCAAUAUGCCCAUGCUGUCUGCAAGGAUUAAGGAUAAUGAGGGUGAGGAUUGGGAUAAAGUUGCUCAUAUACUCAACAUCUACAUAGAAAGUUAAUGCAGAGGAGAAACCAAGGACAAUAAGUGUUUGUCCUAUGAUUCAUGAUUCAGACCUAAUUGUUGGCAGUAGCUUGAUACACUUUGAAAUCUUCUCUUGGCUUCUUUUUGUCUGCUUCAUGUAAAUAGGAAGUAUAUGCUAAAUAAUGUCACCGUAUAUAUAAUACUAACAGGGGCAUAUGGUAUGCCGAAGCUGGUGCUAAGAUGAGGUUAUAUGAAUUUUUUUUUUUUUUUUUUUUUUUUGUUGGACCUGUGUACCGAUUUCUUCUUACAAGGCAUUGAUGUUUCUUUUAUGUAACAAGUGAUAUCAAUGAUUUUGUCAGCUAUAUCGCCAUCAUUUUCCAUUUUAAUCUUCUUGUUACACUGUUUUCGUAGCUUUUGUAUAUUUUGGCUGUAACUCUCCAUUGAGAGGACAUGAUGACUUCUUUGCAAUCCCUUUGAUGCUUAA